AUGUGCAAACGUUUUGAGGAGGGUUUGAAUGAAGAAAUUAAGCUGUUGAUCAGAAUUCUUGAGAUACGAGAAUUCGCCGCUUUAGCCGGUCGAGCUAAAAAGGCCGAGGGGCUUAACAAUGAAAGGAAGCAAGCCAAGAGAGAGGCUCGAGUAACAAGUAAGAGGACUAGUAGCAAAGUGCAUUCUUUUCCUACAAAGAAAUCAAUGAGUCGCCAAGACCGCUCCACUUCAUCAGUGGGAUACUCGGGCAGUGCAAGGAGUUCCAAGCGCCAUAACCCAAAGUCUUCUUCUCCUUUGGCCACAAGUGUGGGAAGUAUUGAUGAUCAAAGACUGAAGUGCAUGAGUUGCAACAAAUUCCACUUCGGGGAAUGUCGAAUGAAGAGUGGGGCAUGUUAUAGAUGUGGUUCUCUCAACCACUUCUUUAGAGAUUGCCCGAAAAGAUCGAAUAGAGAAGUUGAGCCAGCUCUGAGAUCAAUUGCUCCUAAUUCUCGGGGUAAACCUCUUAGACCUCACGGAAGUGCUAGUGAUAGUCGAACAGUUGCCAGAAACUCCACUGCAAAAUUAGAGGCCCGAGCUCCAGCAAUAACCUAUGCGAUCUGUACUCGAGGGUAG